AUGAUUCCACCGUGGAUGAAUGAAUCAUUUACUGAGGCGCUGAGGACUGAAAUGCACGAUCCCGAGAUGAGUGAAACUGAGCGGGAACUGGGGGUUCUUCAAAGAGCAAUUGACUUCACUCUCAAACGGCGUCUGUGGGAAAAGAAAGCGUACUUGCGUCAGCGGCAGACCGAAUUGAAGCGUCUGGAAGAUGAACGCACAGCGCUUUUGAAUCGAGUUGAACGCGACGUAUUCAUUGUCUUCUGUAUCUUCUACUUCGCUUGCCAUCUUGUUUUUUUGUUCUCAUUCUACUUUGGAGUAAGUUUCAUUUCACAAAAACCACUUAAAUAA